AUGUCAUUAGAUUUCUAUAGUUUAGGCUUUGAAUCACUUGAUUAUGAAGUGGAUGACCAGGACCUGUUCAGUAACGAGGCUCUCCUCGAUGACAGAGACCUGCAAACGAUCCAUAGUUUUCAAAGAUGUGAAGAACCCUUUAAUAAUGAAAAGAGUGAUUUACUUGACUAUGAAGAAGAGGAGGAAGUGGUGACCACUACUCAAGAGAUAGACAAUACGAAUGAUUUACAAAUAAAGUCUGAAGAGUGCAAACAGACCACUAAAUAUCAGAAUAGUUUUCGUGAUCUUCUUCUGAGACCAGAACUAUUGCGAGCCAUCAAUGACUGCGGGUUUGAAAAUCCGAGUGAAGUGCAGAACGAAUGCAUACCUCAGGCCAUAAUGGGAGUCGAUAUCCUAUGUCAGGCCAAGUCGGGGAUGGGAAAGACCUGUGUCUUCGUGUUGUCCACUCUCCAGCAAAUUGACGACUCAAGUGAUCACAUACUAGUCGUAGUACUCGUCAGCACCAGAGAACUGGCCUUUCAGAUCAGCAAAGAAUACGAGCGAUUCGCCAAAUAUAUGAGAGUAAAUGUGGCGCUUUUUAUUGGAGGCAUUCCUCAGCAAACCGACGAAGAAUUGCUACGAAGAAAACGGCCCAAUAUUGUGGUGGCGACCACCGGAAGACUCCGCGGAUUCAUUAGGGAUCGCAUGAUUGACUUGAGUCGAGUCAAGCACUUUAUUAUCGAUGAGUUCGACCAUAUACUCGACCGGAAAGAGCGAUCCAACACUUUGGAAGACGUGCUGUAUAUUAAUAAAUAUCUGCCUAAAAACAGACAGGCGAUGAUGUUCAGCGCCACUGUUACCCAAGAAUUAAGAGUUAGGGCUAAAACUCUGAUGAAUAAUCCGUUGGAAGUGAUUAUAGGCGACGACAGUAAACUAGUUCUUCACGGCCUCCAGCAGUUCUGUGUCCGCAUUACAGAGAAGGCAAAAGUUAAGCAACUGUAUGACAUCCUGACGACCACUGACUACAAACAGGCCAUUGUCUUCGUGCAAAGAAUCAAUAGAUGUAAGGCUUUGUGCGAAUUGCUCUACAAUUUGGGUGUCUCUGUACUUCCCAUUCACUCGGAUUUAACACAAACCGUGCGAUUAGAUAAUUAUCAAAUGUUCAGGAAUUACCGAAAGCGCACACUUAUUACUACCGCGAUGUUUGAUAGAGGAGUCGAUUUUGAAAGAGUGAACCUGGUCAUUAAUUAUGAUAUGCCCGAGACCAGUGACCUCUAUCUACACGCUGUUGGCCGGGCCGGUAGGUUCGGUACUAAAGGCGCCGCCGUUUCCUUCAUUUCGGACGAUUAUUCUCAAAGAAUUCAAAAUGAGAUUAGGAUUAGAUUUGGCAUUAAAUUUGAGGAAAUGCCGCUUAAGAUUGUCAUUUAA